GGUACGAAGAGAGAGAAGAAUCAAACAUUCAACCUAUCUCUUGACGCCAAAACAGCAUUUGAAAAAGCAAAGUCGAUGAUAGCUAAUGCCACCAUGCUACAACAUCUAAAUACUGACCCCACAACACACUUAAUUUUGUGUACGGAUGCAUCUCAAAAAGCCGUCGGGGCAGUAUUACAUCAACAGGUAAACAACAUGACUACUCCCAUAGCGUUUUUUUCCAAAAGACUGUCACCAGCCCAGGAACGUUAUAGUACUUUUGGACGGGAGUUACUUGCUAUCUACUUAGCCGUUAAACACUUUAACUUCUUACUACAAGGACGAACUUUCACCAUCAUGACCGAUCACAAACCUUUAUGUUACGCAUUCAACACUUCGUACGACCGACACUCACCUCGCGAAGCACGACAACUGGAUUACAUCUCCCAGUUUACGACAGAUAUCCAAUUUGUCAAAGGACACACCAACGUCGUAGCUGACGCAUUGUCACGUAAGGACGUAAAUACCCUGGUACGUAAACAAGACAUCGAUCUAGAAACAAUCGCAAAACUACAAGUAGACGAUGCAGAUUUGAAGGUCUGCCAGGAGAAGUCUAACUUGAACCUUAAACCAGUACCCAUCCCUUUCUCAAAUACAUCUAUCAUUUGCGACGUUUCAACGGGUAACAACCGCCCUUUCGUCCCUCUAGCCUGUCGUCGACAAGUAUUUCGUCAACUGCAUGACCUUUCUCACCCAGGAAUCAGAGCCACAACCAAAUUGAUUACUGAGCGUUUUGUGUGGCCAAAGAUCAAUGCAGAUAUAAAACGAUGGACGCGAAGCUGCCUACAAUGUCAACGCAGCAAGAUUCAGAAGCACACGAUCAGUCCAGUUGGCAAGUAUCCCCUGCCAGAAAAACGUUUUCAACAUAUCCAUUUAGACAUAGUUGGUCCAUUGCCACCAUCUAAUUCAUUCACACACAUCCUCACUGCAGUGGACAGAUUCACCAGAUGGGCGAUAGCAUGCCCUAUUUCUGACACUUCUGCAGAAACAGUAGCCGGCGUAUUCCUUGACCGUUGGAUAGCAAAUUACGGAGUACCUUCCAUCGUCACUACCGACCGUGGUCCCCAGUUUCAGUCUAUCUUAUUUCAGGAAUUCACAAGACUUCUGGGCGUGAACCACAUCAAAACAACAGCCUACCCACCAGCAGCUAACGGCUUGGUCGAAAGAUUUCACUGCCAAUUGAAAAGCUCGCUGAUGGCACAAGAUGAUACGACAAAAUGGAGUGACGCAUUACCACUUGUACUCCUGGGAUCCGUUCAACUAUAAAGGAAGAUAUAGGUUGUACGGCCGCCGAGCUAGUUUACGGUACAACCCUUACAUUACCAGGUCAACUAGUAGACCCAAACACUUUAACACCAACGGACCCAAGUCUUUUUGCUAGCCAACUGCUGCAAACCAUGCAACGAAUCAAAGCUAUACAGCCUCGUGAACAUAACAAUCGUAUACAACUCGACAAAAACCUAGAAACAUGCAAGUUUGUCUUCGUUCGAGUUGAUGCGGUCAAAAAGCCAUUGAAACAACCUUAUGAAGGACCAUAUCAAGUAAUUAAAAGAACGAACAAACACUUCAUAAUCAACAAGUGUGGAAAGAAAGAGACUAUUGCUAUCGAUAGAAUAAAGCCUGCUUUCUACGAAGCACAGCACGACAAAGAACAUACUACUUCACUGAACCAACCACUUCCAGCAACCGCCACUAGAACAGACAUGGAAGAAAAACCGAGUAUCAAACCUACUUGCUUAACGCGCUCAGGCAGAGCUGUAAAAAACCCAAACGCUAUGUACAUUUCGCCGAAUAAAAAAAAUCUAAACAAACAAUUACUGAUGUACUAUACCAUUAUACUCACCCGAUUUUUCCCAACAAAAUCUAUGAUUUUUUUUCUUUUUUUACAGUGUACAUAAUUAACCAUAUUUUUUCCCCACAAUUAUUCGUUUUGUCACUUUUUUAUAGAAAAAAAUUUGUUACAAUAAUAAACGAGUAAACUCUAUUUAAUUAUUCAUUUGUUGUACACACACAAAAAAAAUAAGCAGUUCAUUUUUUUGGGGUUCAGUAACAGUUCUGUACAUUAUUAUCAUUGUUAGCAAACCAAGAUUUUAAAUGACGGUAUUCUCAUUACUUUUGUUUGUCAUGCUAUGCCACAUCACCGCUAUUUUCACGCAAUAACACACUAUAUUAUUAACGUACAUGUCAUACGCAUCUCCACAUUGUUAAUUGGUUAUUAUUGUAAAUAUUAUUUUUUUUUGUAUAAAAUUUUUUAUUAUUGUUAUUGUAACCAGUGUUACCUCCGGACACUCUGGGGGGAGCUAUGUGUAGAUAUGACUGACAAGCUUAUUUUGUAAAUAGUUUUUAAUAUUAUUUGUAUUUGUUUUUUCAAUUUUUCACUGUAUGUACAUUCAUCAUUAAAUGACUGUACGUGUUGUUUUAGUCAUUGACUUUGACGACUUUUCCGUUGUGAUUCUAACAUAGCGUGACACACUUUUGGUUUGUUCGCAAAUACAUUACUACUCACGC